AUGUCUGCAAGAGCUAGCCCACCAGUUUUGGACUUUUCGCCAUUCUACGGCGAGGAUAGCGCCGCCAAAGCCAAGCUCGUCGAGAGCAUCAAGGGAUGCUGCUUGUACAAUGGGUUUUUCCAGAUCAUCGGCCAUCGAGUGCCGAUCGAGCUACAACAGGCGGUUAUGCGAUGUACGAAGCGAUUUUUCGAAAUGCCCCUCGAGCAAAAACUGAAAAUUGACAAAAAUAACAAUACGUUCAACAGAGGCUACGAAUUACUGCGAUCUCAGAUGCUGGAAGCCGGAACGGGUCCAGAACUCAAGGAGGGACUGUACAUCGGCGAGGAGAUACCGGAAGACCAUCCGUACUUUAUCCAGCGCAAGUUGAACAGCGGUCCGAAUCAAUGGCCGCAGACGAUCGAGGAUCCCGAAGAAUUUCAGCGCACCUCCAUGAAAUACUACCGCGCUGUAUUCGACUUGGCCAAAGACGUGCUGGGAGUUCUGGCACUCACCCUGGGAGUCGAUGCGACAUACUUCGAUCCUCUUACGGACGGCGCAGUGGCGACAAUGCGAUUUCUACAUUACCCGGCGCAAACCAAAGAUGCGGACGAGAAGCUGAACCGGGGAAUUGGCGCCCAUACUGACUUUGGAUGCGUGACUCUGCUACUACAGGACGAGGUGGACGGUUUGCAGGUUCUCGAUGUACCCACGGGUGAAUGGCUGGAUAUACAACCCGUUCCUGGUGCAUACGUCGUCAACCUCGGAAAUCUAUUUAUGCGCAUGGCCAACGACAAAUACAAAUCAAACACCCACCGAGUGAUUAACAAGUCCGGCCGCGAGCGUUACUCGAUUCCCUUCUUUUUCAGCGGAAACCCAGACUACUUGUGUGAGUGUUUGCCCAAUUGUCGCGAACAGCAGGAAGCGCCAAAAUACGGCCCCAUUACCGUCGAGCAGGCUGUCACGGCGGCGUAUAAAGAGAGCUAUGGUCGAGCGGAGAAGUACAAGCAGGAUAUGAAGGUUAAGCUGGAGACUAUAGCAAGCCCGGCGGCUGUGAUUGCAUAA